CGCUCGGGGCGCACUUCGCGCAAGCGCAUCACCUCUGUUUGUCGGUUCCUGAAGAGGGAGGAGGUACGGUCGAAGCCAAGACCUAGGCCGAGCCGUAGCUGUCCAGACUUGACUCGGGCCCAGAACUAGGCUCCAGGCUCGCGCGGACCGUAGGACCCUGGAGUGGAUGGAGUAGGCCCAGCCCUGAGAUCAACACCAGCCCAAGCGCCUGGCGCGCAGCCCACGGGGCGGGCAGGCAGGCGUGCCGAAACCGCCCAGGGCCUUCCCUCAGGUCCCCGGCGAGGGGCCUAGGCCCCGGCCCCGCAACCUGUACCGGCUCGGCCCUUUGGGAGCGGAGCCGACCCGACCAGACGUGGAGCCUUCACCGGGGCCAUAGGCCAGUGAUUAGGCCGAGCCUGGGCCUCCCGUCGGGGCCGAACUGGGACGAGGCCCCGGGGAGGCCCCUAGCCCACUAAACCCUUCCCUCAGGCCGACGCCCGCCGGGAAGAUGCAGCGCGCCCUACCGGGCGCCCGUCAGCACUUGGGGGCCAUCCUGGCCAGCGCCAGCGUGGUGGUGAAGGCCCUGUGCGCGGCGGUCCUCUUCCUCUACCUGCUGUCCUUUGCCGUGGACACGGGCUGCCUGGCUGUCACCCCAGGCUAUCUCUUCCCUCCCAACUUCUGGAUCUGGACCCUGGCCACCCAUGGGCUGAUGGAACAGCACGUGUGGGAUGUGGCCAUCAGCCUGGCCACCGUGGUGGUGGCUGGACGUCUGCUAGAGCCCCUCUGGGGGGCCUUGGAGCUGCUCAUCUUCUUCUCAGUGGUGAACGUGUCUGUGGGGCUUCUGGGGGCCUUCGCCUACCUCCUCACCUACAUGGCCUCCUUCAACUUGGUCUACCUUUUCACCAUCCGCAUCCACGGCACCCUGGGUUUCCUAGGUGGUGUCCUGGUGGCACUCAAGCAAACCAUGGGAGACUGUGUGGUUCUGCGAGUGCCCCAAGUGCGCAUCAGCGUGGUGCCCAUGCUGCUCCUGGGGCUGCUGCUGCUGCUGCGGCUGGCCACGCUGCUCCACAGCCCAGCACUGGCCUCUUACGGCUUUGGGCUGCUUUCCAGUUGGGUGUAUCUUCGCUUCUACCAGCGCCAUAGCCGGGGCCGAGGGGACAUGGCCGACCACUUUGCUUUCGCCACCUUCUUCCCUGAGAUCCUGCAGCCCGUGGUGGGGCUGUUGGCGAACUUGGUCCACAGCCUCCUGGUGAAGGUAAAGAUAUGCCAGAAGACGGUGAAGCGCUAUGACGUAGGGGCCCCGUCCUCCAUCACCAUCAGCCUCCCAGGCACAGACCCUCAAGACGCAGAGCGGAGAAGGCAACUGGCCCUGAAGGCCCUCAACGAGCGACUGAAGAGAGUGGAGGACCAGUCCGUCUGGCCAACCAUGGAUGACGAUGAAGAGGAGGCUGAGGCCAAGGUGGACAGCCCCCUGCCCUCAGAUAAAGCCCCCACACUCCCAGGGAAGGGGGCUGCCCCAGAAUCCAGCCUAAUCACUUUCGAGGCAGCUUCCCCGAAGCUGUAACUGCAGACCACCUUGAGUAUAGCACCUGCUCUCCCAAGUUCCCCUUGACACCCUCAGCUACUCCAGGGCACUGCUCUAAGGAGAGGGAAGAUGGCCUGCUGGGGCUUCCCACAGCCUUCUGCUAUUUCUCGCCAACACUACCCAGGACUCUUGCUACCUGGUUCCAACUCCAGACAACCACUAUGUCAGGCAUGGGACCUCCAAAGCAUCAGCCAGCCCAGGCCAUCUGGGGUAAGACUGUACCUCAGCAAGCAGCCGAAGCAAGUGACUGCAGAGACACUGGUGCCACAGCGCCUGGGCCAGCCCUCACGCCUGAUACUGGUUGCCGAGAGCCCUGAGCCAAGGCAAGGAUUUGCCAAAAAACGUUCUGGGGGGUCCAGCCAGUGCAGGAGCCAGCACAGGGCUGCACAUCCCCGCCCAUCCCCAGAAGAACUAUGUUCAUGUCAAGAUUUCUGGUUCCCUCUGCUGUGGCCAUGGCUGAAAAGCCACAGCUCCCAGAUAUUUUCUACAGGACCACUUGAGUGGGCAGCCAAGCCCAGCCGUGCAGUAUCAAUAAAGCAGUUCUUUGAGAUACGA